AUGCUCGCCCGCACUGUCAUCCGUGCUGCCCGCCCUGCCCUGGCCCGCGCAGCCGUCCGCCCCGCCCAGCUCGCCCUCCACCGCGCCGCCCUCCCUCUCGCUCGCCCCUUCUCCACCACCUUCGCCCGCUUCGAGCCCUCCGCCCUCAGCACCAAGCUCGGCGAGGAGCUCAACUUUGAAACCGAGUCGGGCGACGCCGCCGCAGAGCCCGAGUUCCUCCAGGCCUUCAAGGCCGAGGGCGUGUGGCAGGUCGUCGACGAGGCUGGCUCAGACGAGAUUCAGCUCACGCGCUCGUUUGGCAACGAGAGCAUCCGCAUGAUCUUCUCCAUCUCGGACCUCGACGCCGAGCAGGAGGUGCCCGAGGCGUUCGCCGAGGAGGGCGCCGACGCUGGCUCGGGCGGCCUCGGCGAGGAGGCUGCAGCCGACGGCCCUUCUGAGCAGAAUUUCCCCGUCGAGACGAGCAUCACCAUCACCAAGUCGACCGGCGGCGCCCUCACCAUCGACGCCAUCGCGCAGGACGGCCUCUUUACGAUCAGCAACAUCGCGUACUACCCGGACGCCGACGUCGCGCUCGGCAUGACGUCCGAGGACGACUGGAAGCGCCAGGGUCUCUACAUGGGCCCGGCGUUCGACAACCUCGACGAGGGCGUCCAGACCGAGUUCGAGGCGUACCUCGAGGAGCGGGGGAUCAACUCGGCGCUCGCGCUCUUCAUCCCGGACCUCGCCGAGUGGAAGGAGCAGAAGGAGUACGUGCGCUGGCUCGACGGCACCAAGUCGUUCCUCGAGAAGUGAGCGAGGUGGCCUCCUCGUCUCUCGCUCUCGGACUCGGCGCUGUCAUUUGUACCAGAACUGCUCUCAACUCGCACACCCUUUUGCCACUGA